ACAAAAAGUGUUUUGAAGCAAAACAGAAUGGAAGGCCAAUCCCGACCUACUACAAUGAGUUAGUGGCAAUGUUCCAGGAGAUUGAUCAAAGGGCGGCCUCUCAACAUGAUAAUGUUGCAGCUGUCGUUCAAGAAACUUCAGCCAUGUCCCGGAUGCGUGUUCACAUGUUUUUGAGUGGACUUGACCAAGAGUAUGAUCAGGUGCGUGGAGAAAUCCUGCGCAAGGAGCCUAAAUUCUCCUUGGAGCAGAGCUAUGCUUACAUUCGCAAGGUGCAAUCAGAGAAACAAGCUAUGGGGCGUUCUGUGCAAACUGAAUCUUCUGUGAUGGCUGUUCAACGCCGACCCGGUCCUCCUCCAGGCUUCUCAGGUCCUUCUCCACGCCGUCCUCACGACAAACCAAACCCAUACGCAAACAAAAAAUGUGUUGUCUGUGGGGAAUUAGGUCAUACCAAGGAGCGGUGCUAUGAAGUGAUUGGCUACCCUGAUUGGUGGGACUUCACCAGGAAACCGCGAAAGAAUCCGGGCAAGGCGGCUAUUGCUACUACAGAGGAAGAGCAUCUAGACAAUGCCUCCGCUAAUGUAGCACAGUCAGGACAUUCUGACUCGGCGGAUUCUUGGUUAUGGUGUUAGAAGGGGAAAAUUAUACUACCUGGAUCUGACAGAGUCUGGAGAAAAACAGAAGCAUCUUUUGGGGCAAGCUAAUCAGAUUAAUGGGGUAGAGCAUGCAAAGGAAGCUGUAUGGUUAUGGCAUCGCCGUUUAGGUCAUCUAUCUUUUAGUUAUCUUAAGAAACUGCAGCCUCAUUUGUUUUCGGUUGUCAGUGAUUUAGAUUUCCAUUGUGACAUUUGUGAACUGGCCAAGAGCCACCGUAUUUCAUAUUCACCAAGUCUUAAUAAAAGUCCCGUUCCUUUUAUGAAAAUCCACUCUGAUGUCUGGGGGCCUGCAAAGAUUCCCUCUCUUUCUGGAGCUCGAUAUUAUGUCACAUUUAUUGAUGAUUGUACUCGCAUGACGUGGGUGUCAUUACUGAAGAAUAAGAGUGAAGUAUUUGGGUUGUUUACUGAUUUUCACAAAAUGGUGACUACUCAGUAUCAACAAUCUAUUAGAGUGUUUCAAUCUGACAAUGGUGGAGAGUUUGUGAAUGGCCCUAUGUUUGAAUUUUGCCGGUCACAGGGGAUUCGUCAUCAAACCUCCAACUCUUAUACUCCUCAACAGAAUGG